AUGGCCGACGGUGCGGAACCCGUGGCCGUCGAGGAGUUGGAGGCGACCGGCACCCUGGCCGGCGGCCUGGUUGGGGCUGAGCGUGGCCUCGCGGGGGGCGGCCGUGGCUUGUCCGAUGUCGACUCCCCGGAUUGCCUCGCUCGUGAAGAAGACAUUGACUUGGCCGGAGGUUUGGCCGGCGCUGGCGGCGGCCAUGUGCUGGGGGUAGGCGGCCGUGGGUUGGGCGCGGCUGGCCCUGUCCUGGGGGCGUGCGGCCGUGGCCUGGGCGCUGCCGGCCUGGGCGCCGCCGGCCAUGGCUUGGCGGUGGGCGGCCGUGGCUUGGUCGGUGGUGCCCGUGCCCAUGCCGGCAAUAGGACGAUGAUGGCCGAUGAUGAGGCUGACUUCGAUGAGUUCGUGCCUGUCGGCCAGGCCGGGUUCGGUCGUGGCUUGGACGCGGCCGGCCGUAGUUUGGCGGUGGGUGGCCGUGGCUUUGUCGGUGGCGCCCGUGCCCAUACCGGCAGCAAGCAGCCCCCGGCCGACGAUGAGGCUGACUUGGAAGAGGUUGUUCUUGGUGCCGAAGAUGCAAGUGUCGGCCAUGGCCGUGGGAAGAAGCGGCCAGGAAGAGGUCGGGGCCAAGGAUAG